AUGGAAGAGUUUUUAAAAAACAUUAAUAGUGAGCAUUUACUUCCUACAUUUUUAGAACACAAUAUUUCUAUUUUACAAAUGGAAACAUUAUUUAUAGACAAAGAUAUUCUUAAGGAGUUAAUUCCUAGUAUCGGUGAUCGAAUAAAAUUCAUAAAGGAAUAUGAAAAAUUUAAAGAGUUGCCCCAGAUAACCUAUCAUGAGGUUUUGGAUGAUGGAAUGUUAACUACUAGUACUUUUCCCUUGACUUCGACCUUAACUUCUGACAGCGAGAGCGAAGUCAUCGUACUACUCGAAAAUAAGCAGGUUUCCAAAAAGGAAGAUUUUGAUUUUACGCCUAAUAUGCCUGAUUUUGAUUUAACUGAAGUCUUAAAUAAAGCUCCAAUGGGACCCGCAAUACUGCUAUAUUAUAAGAAACACAAUAUUUUAAAUAAUACUUUAAGAGGACAUUUAGUUGAUAUCAUAAUGAGGCAUAUUUUUGAUUUCCAUGUCAAACACCGUUUAGCACAUAAAGAUUAUUUAAAAAUUAGUGAUAAAAUACAAUCAUUAUUUCCAAGAGAAUCUGGAAAUUUGUAUUAUAUAGCAGGGAUAAAAAAAAGUAUAUCUCCAAAUAAUAAAUCAGUUUGUGCAAAGGGCAAAUUAAUUGACAAGGCCAAAAAUUUGAUAUUUAAGGGAGGUUAUGCAAGACCUACCAGGAAACGAAAGAUUCAAGAAAAUGAAACUUUGCUAACACCAAAUAUAGAUUUUAAUUCAAUCGAUUCUUAUUUAUGGCUUAAGACUGGUAGAGAACCCUGGUCGGAAGUGGUUCAACAUUGGAAACAGACAAUAGGCUUACGUCAAAAUUGUACAGUCGCUAAAGUUUUCGAAUUUAUUGAAACCUGGCCUAUUUUAAAAGAUAUUAGGUCAUAUAGUUUGAAAUUGCACUUUCAGAUUGAAUCUGACUUUGAAGAUAAUUUUAUAAAUAAAAGAUUUUUAUUAAUUAAGAAUUGGGAUUCAUUUAUAAACAAUAUUAUUCAAUAUAAAUCAACUGACGCUGAUAUCGAUAUCUUAAAUAUAAACCAACUUACUGAAAGUUCUAAGACAGUCGCACAAAUAUCUUUGUUAACAAAACUCGUUCCACCCAAAGGAAGAAACAUUAUUAAAAAUAAACACUGGAAAUUUUCAACUCAGGAAUCAACGGACUCAAUAAUUACUCAUGCUUAUAGCGCGGCACAAAUUCAAGAAAUAAUAGAUUUGCAAAAGAACAAGGCUGUGGCUAAAAAUAUAGCUGUUCAGCCUUAUUUAUUAACAGUGGGACCUUUGGAUGCAAUAACCACAACCUACAUCAUUAUUGAUACUAUUACCUACGAGACCCCCCAUGCAUGGCCUCCCUUUGAACCAGUGGCGGAUUUGAAGGUGAGGCAAGGGAGGCGACGCCUCACCUAG